AUGCACGGGCCUCACCAUGGAGGUCCCGCCUUCAUGAUCGCGAGAGCCUCCCAGCCAGAGAAACCCACUCUUGCUGACGUUGAAAAAUGGGAUGCUCACGUGCUUUUGGCUGUCGCCAAACAAAAACUACGGAACGAGAAAGGUAGCAAACACACGUACGUCGGGCAUAGCAGAACACAUCUUUUGGUCUUUUCAUUGAUGUUGAUGCAACUGAUGAUGGCCGUAGUAGGUGGUGGAGCAGAUUCGUUGUGA